AUGUCUAAACCAACAUCCAUUCGUGAAGCUAUUGCUAAAUGGGAGAAGGAAAAUGAAGGACAAAAAGCAUCUGAAGCUACAGUUUUAAGUUUUGCCUUUCAAACUCCAUUUAUUGAAAAAAUUGAUCCAACAGUAACAACUCUCUUGGCUUGUGAGCAACUGUCAUUGUCAACCAACAAUAUUGAAAAAAUUGCUAAUCUGAAUGGACUCAAAAACUUGAAAAUUUUAUCCCUUGGGAGGAAUAAGAUUAAAAAUUUAACUGGUUUGGAUGCGGUGGGUGAGACUCUUGAGCAGUUAUGGAUUUCUUAUAACUUUAUUGAAAAGUUGAAAGGCAUUGGUGUCCUCAAGAAAUUACGGGUUCUUUAUAUGUCAAAUAAUUUGGUGGCUGACUGGAAUGAAUUUAAUAAAUUGGCUGAUUUACCACAGUUAGAAGAUCUUGUAUUUGUGGGAAAUCCCUUAGAAGAGCAACAUGUAGCAAUUGGAGACUACAGAGAUUUAGUUGCUAAAAAACUUCCAAAGCUCAAGAAGUUAGAUGGAGUUCCUAUCAUCAGGAUGGAAGAAGAUGAAUAA